AUGGCCGAACACGCUCACCCAACCCAACUCCCAACUGUCGCGGGCGAAGUCCCGUCCGACACCACCAUGGUCUCCGGCUCCAGCAGCGACACUGAUGCCUCGUCCGCCCACCAGUGGGGAGAGCAGGGCCCCGAGCCCGUCUCCCGCCGUGGUGCCAUGGAGGACUACGAGGAGAUGCGCAGGGAAUUGACCAGACUGAGUCUGCAGCGCACCAAGUCCACCACUAAAGACCCCCAUCGCAUGCGAUCCCGCGCGAGCCAGCACCAGGACCCCGAGAAGGCACUGGAGGAGGAAGACCUCGAAGGGACGGAUGAGGAUGAGUAUGGUGGCUUUGAUUUGACCGACUUCCUCAUGGGCGGCCACCUCGAGCGGCGUACCACCGCAGGAGACCCUGCGAAGAAGGUGGGCGUUGUCUUCAAGAACCUCACCGUCAAAGGCGUCCAGACUGGCGCUUCUUUUGUUCGAACCCUCCCGGAUGCCGUUAUUGGAACCUUCGGACCGGACCUCUACAAUAUCAUUUGCCGCUAUGUCCCCCAGCUGCGGUUCGGAAAGAAGCCGCCUGUGCGCGACCUGAUUCACGACUUUACUGGUGCAGUCCGUGAAGGAGAGAUGAUGUUGGUGCUUGGUCGCCCCGGAGCCGGUUGCUCGACCUUUCUCAAGGCCAUUGCCAACGACCGCGGUGCUUUUGCUUCCGUCGAAGGUGAUGUCAGUUACGGUGGUCUCAGUGCUGCUGAGCAGGAUAAGCACUAUCGCGGCGAGGUCAACUACAACCAGGAAGACGACCAGCAUUUCCCCAACCUUACCGUUUGGCAGACCCUCAAGUUCUCUCUGAUCAACAAGACCAAGAAGCACGACAAGGAAAGCAUCCCGGUUAUCAUCGAUGCCUUGCUGAAAAUGUUCGGUAUCACCCACACGAAGAACACUCUCGUCGGUAACGAGUACGUCCGCGGUGUCUCGGGUGGUGAGAGGAAGCGUGUCAGUAUCGCAGAAACCCUCGCCACGAAGUCCUCCGUUGUUUGCUGGGAUAACUCAACUCGUGGUCUUGAUGCCAGCACUGCCCUUGAUUACGCCAAGUCUCUCCGCAUCAUGACCGACGUUAGCAAGCGCACUACCCUGGUCACUCUUUACCAGGCUGGUGAGAGUAUCUACGAGCUGAUGGACAAGGUGCUUGUCAUCGACUCUGGACGCAUGCUUUUCCAAGGUCCUGCCCAUCACGCCCGCCAGUACUUCGUCAACAUGGGGUUCUACUGCCCUGAGCAGUCGACCACGGCUGACUUCCUGACUUCCCUGUGCGACCCCAACGCUCGUCAAUUCCAGGAAGGUCGCGAGGCAUCUACCCCCAAGACCCCGGAGGAACUUGAGGCUGCUUUCCGCCAGAGCGAAUUCUACAAGCGCAUCGGAGACGAGGUCCAGGGAUACGAGGCCCAGCUCCACAAUACCAACCGCGCCGACACUCAACGCUUCCAGAAGACUGUUGAAUCGUCCAAGAGUAAGACUGUCUCCAAGAAGUCUCCUUACACUGUUUCGAUAGCCCGCCAGGUGGCUGCUUGCGUUCGCCGCGAGUUCUGGCUUCUCUGGGGUGACAAGACUUCUCUCUACACUAAGUACUUCAUCAUCAUCUCUAAUGCCUUCAUUGUCUCUUCUCUGUUCUACGGUGAGCCGCUGAACACCAACGGUGCUUUCCCUCGUGGCGGUGCUAUCUUCUUCUCGGUUCUCUUCCUCGGUUGGCUGCAGUUGACUGAGCUGAUGCCUGCGGUUUCUGGACGUGCCAUUGUUGCGCGACACAGAGAUUAUGCUUUCUAUCGGCCGUCCGCUGUUGCUAUUGCUCGUGUGGUUGUCGACUUCCCGGCUAUCUUCUGCAUGUGUGUCCCAUUCACCAUUAUUGUGUACUUUCUGGCUGGUCUUGAUGUCUCGGCAUCCAAGUUCUGGAUCUACUUCCUGUUCGUGUACACCACCACGUUCUGUAUCACGUCCCUGUACCGCAUGUUUGCCGCUCUGUCACCGACCAUCGACGACGCCGUCCGGUUCUCUGGUAUCGCCCUGAACGUUCUGAUCCUGUUCGUUGGUUAUGUCAUCCCUAAGCAAAGCCUUAUCGAUGGCUCGAUCUGGUUCGGAUGGCUAUUCUACGUCAACCCCCUGUCGUACAGUUACGAGGCCGUCUUGAGUAAUGAAUUCUCCGACCGCGUAAUGACCUGCGAUCCUUCCAUGCUUGUCCCGCAAGGCCCCGGUGUCGAUCCCCAAUACCAAGGAUGCGCUCUUACCGGAUCUCAGCUCGGCUCAACCGAUGUUUCAGGUCGCGAUUACCUUAGCACGACGUUCCAGUUCACGCGCCACCACCUCUGGCGCAACUUUGGUGUUGUCAUUGCUUUCACCGUCCUGUACCUCUUGGUCACCAUCUUCGCUACCGAAAUUCUUUCCUUUGUCGGCGGCGGCGACGGUGCGCUGGUUUUCAAGCGCUCCAAGAAGGCCAAGCAAAUCAAGGCCGCUACGGAAAAGCCCAACGAUGAGGAAAAUGGUCAGGCCGGUGCUGUGACGCAGUCUGGAGGCGCCAACGAAGCGACCUUCAACAAGCUCUCGUCUAGCGAGCGCAUCUUCACCUGGAACAACGUCGAGUUUACCGUUCCCUAUGGAAACGGAACCCGGAAGCUGCUCAACGGUGUUAGCGGAUACGCGAAGCCUGGUCUCAUGAUUGCGCUGAUGGGUGCCUCUGGAGCUGGAAAGACAACUCUUCUGAACACACUGGCUCAGCGCCAGACAACUGGUGUGAUUGGUGGAGACAUGUUCGUGGACGGUCGUCCUCUUGGUACUGACUUCCAGCGUGGAACUGGUUUCUGUGAACAGAUGGACUUGCACGACAUGACUGCUACUAUCCGUGAGGCUCUUGAAUUCUCUGCUCUGCUCCGUCAGGACAGGAACAUUCCCCGCGAGGAGAAGCUUGCCUACGUCAAGCAGAUUAUUGACCUUCUGGAGCUUGAGGAGAUUGAGGACGCCAUGAUUGGCUCGCUCAAUGUCGAGCAGAAGAAGCGUGUCACCAUUGGUGUCGAGUUGGCCGCGAAGCCCAGUCUUUUGCUCUUCCUUGAUGAACCUACCAGUGGUUUGGACAGUCAAGCCGCCUUUUCGAUUGUUCGCUUCCUCAAGAAACUCUCUCAGGCCGGCCAAGCCAUCGUCUGCACCAUCCAUCAGCCCUCCUCUAUGCUCAUCCAGCAAUUCGACAUGGUUCUUGCCCUCAACCCCGGCGGUAACACUUUCUACUUCGGUCCUAUCGGCAAGGAUGGCAAGGAUGUUAUCAAGUACUUCGCCGACCGCGGCGCCGUCUGCCCACCAGCCAAGAACGUCGCCGAAUUCAUUCUUGAAACUGCCGCAAAGCCCAUCAAGCGCGAGGGUAAGACGGUCGACUGGAACGAAGAAUGGCGCAACUCCGAGCAGAACCAGGAGGUUAAGAACGAAAUUGAACGCAUCUACCAGAUUCGUCGCGACGCCACCGCCAACGACGACCAGACCGCCCAGUACGAAUUCGCCGCUCCAACCCUAACCCAGUGCUACCUCCUUACCCGCCGUGUCUUUACCCAGUACUGGCGUGACCCGUCCUACUACUAUGGCAAGCUCUUCACAGCCGUCAUCAUCGGUAUCUUCAACGGCUUCACCUUCUACAUGCUCGACAACUCCAUCGCCUCCAUGCAAAGCCGCAUGUUCUCACUCUUCCUGAUCAUCCUCCUCCCCCCAAUCUAUCUGAACUCCACCCUUCCCAAAUUCUACAUGAACCGCGCCCUCUGGGAAGCCCGCGAGUACCCCUCCCGCAUUUACGGCUGGGUCGCGUUCUGCACGGCCAACGUCAUUGCUGAGAUUCCCAUGGCCAUCAUCUCCGCAACAGUCUACUUCCUCCUCUGGUACUUCGCCGUGGGCUUCCCCGUCACCGCUUCCGCGUCCGGCUACGUUUUCCUCAUGACAAUGCUCUUCUACCUCUUCAUGGCAUCGUGGGGUCAAUGGAUCUGCGCAUUCGCGCCAUCCUUCACGGUCAUCUCGAACGUCCUCCCCUUCUUCUUCGUCAUGACCUCCCUCUUCAACGGUGUCGUCCGCCCAUACUCCGACUACCCCGUUUUCUGGAAGUAUUGGAUGUACUACGUCAACCCAGUCACCUGGUGGAUCCGCGGCGCCAUCUCCGCCGUCUUCCCCAGCGUGCAGAUCUCCUGUGCGACCGCCGAAGCAACACACUUCAAUCCUCCUCCUGGAUCAACCUGCUCCGACUACGCGUCUAACUUUGUCAACAAUAUCGCCGGUGUCGGGUACCUUGUGAACCCUGGUGACACGAGCGACUGCCAGUACUGCCCGUACGCGGAUGGAACGGAGUACAUGAGUACCCUGAACGUGCAGACCGACGACAAGUGGCACUCUUUCGGAAUCUUCCUGGCUUUCGUCAUUAUCAACUGGGCGCUCGUGUACUUCUUUAUCUACACAGUCCGUGUUAGGAAGUGGUCGUUUGGAAUGGGCCACUUGUUUGGUGGUGUUGGAGCUGUGCUCGGAGGUGUGAAGAAGUUGUUCUCAAAGAAGAAGAACUGA